AUGGCGGUCUACCUCGUCAACCUGUCCAUCUCUGACCUGCUCUACACGAUCACUCUGCCUGUGUGGAUUGAGCUGGCUCUGAAGAGGCCCCUGGGUAGCCUCUGCAGUUUGGUGGCUGUGAUCAUGCACAACAGCUUCUACGUCGGCUCAGGCCUCCUUUGUUGCAUCUCCGUUGAUCGCUAUCUUGCAUUGGUCUACCCUCUCCGCUUUCACCGCGUCCGAGAGGUGCGGACAGCAGCACUUGUGAGUAUUGCUGUUUGGGCUUUGGAGAUUGCCAUCCACAUCAUCUUGCUUGACCACACGGGGGCGCUGCAAGCUUUCUCCUCAAGAAACCUGUGUGAGGAGCAGAUCCCCAUGACACAAGAAGUUGCAGACCUCACCCUCACACGAGUCACCCUGGGGUUUUUGGUCCCUACUUUCAUCAUGACCUUCUGUUUUCAGCAGAUCAUGCAGUCACUCCGACGGAGCACCUCCAUCCUGACAGAGGAGCGCAGGAAAGUGGGACUGCUUUUGUUUUUCCUUCUGCUCACCUACAUUGUGGCGUUUUUGCCCUACCAGAUUGUCAUGCUGCUCAGGGCCAUACUGGAGCCCGGGACCUGCAUCUGGGGCGCAAGCCUCAGAGAUCCGUACCUGGUCACAGUUGCCACGACCACCAUAAACAGUACCCUGGAUCCUAUAAUAUACUGUUUAAUCAGUGAGAGUGCUCAGAGAGAGAUCAGGAAUGCUGUAGAGAAAUGUCGGGGAGUUUUUGUUAAGAAGAAAUGGACAAAGAAUAAUGGAAUUGAGUCAGUUUCCUAA